AUGUUAAAGUUCCUCGCAAACAAGUUACCAAACACAGGCAUGAACUUUGCCGUCUGGGACUGGUCAAAACCUGAAUUAUACGGAAUAGUGCUUGGCAUGCUGGCUAAACUCGACCUGUCGGGCACUUUGGGAAUACGCAAAUCAGAAAUGCUAGAUUUCAUAAUAGACGUCGAGAAGGGCUAUUGCGCCACUUCCUACCAUUCGUUCUACCACGCUGUCGAUGUGGUAGCUGUAUUAUACUACAUGCUGACCGAUUUGGGUGUCCAGAAAUAUUUGACUAACCUCGACUGUGUGGCUUUGCUAAUCGCUGGACUUUGUCAUGACAUUGGCCAUCCCGGUCUAAACAAUGUCUACCAAGUCAAUGCAAAAACAGAACUCGCAAACCGCUACAACGAUCAAUCAGUCCUCGAAAACUAUUCGUGCGAUCUUACCAACGAGUUAAUAACAAAACACAAUCUGUUUGGCAAUGUCCAUCUUUGCCCUACCGAAAAUUACGGUUUCGACCCCGAACACACUGACGCUUCCCUCCGCCAACUUAUCAAAAAGACUAUCCUCGCUACUGACAUGGCUUUCCACUUUGGCCUGCUUGUAGAAAUGGACUCUAUGUUCGAACAAGCGUGCUCGUCCGAAGACUCGGAAGAAGAAUUUGACAACAGUUGCCCUGCAAGUUCAGACGGAUCAGCAUCUUCUUCGCCGAUAUCGCCAUCCCCAUUAUCAUCCACAUCCUCAAUAGACUCUUUCUUCACAUCAUUACCGUACACAAAUCUCAUCACUCUCGAUGCUAAUCAACGAGAACUCCUCUGCAAAGUGCUCCUCCAUGCUGCCGACCUUAGCAAUACUGUUAGACCAUGGGACAUUUCAAAGCGAUGGUCGGAUUUGGUGGUGGAAGAAUUCUUCAAUCAAGGCGACCUGGAAAAGAAGAACAAUCUACCAGUAUCUCCAAAUAUGGACAGAGAACAAGCACAUCAGUGUCAGAUUAGUCUCAGAUUCGGAGAUUUUGUGGUUAAGCCUUAUUUCGAAGCAUUUGCUGCUUUCCUAAAUCCAGCUAAAGUAUUCUUGGACACUUUAAAGAGCAAUCGCUUGGUGAUCAUUCCCGACGAUUUUCAAGAGACCCUAUCUAUGCAGCGGUCUCCGAAACAUAGGAGGAUAAAGAGGAGUUUAUCGGGAAGGAGUUAUAGUCACCAUUCGUUAUUACCGCCCUGUUCGAUAGAAGGACUGUACGGAAUUAAUGGGGAUUCGGAUUCGGAUGAUGGAAUAAACGAUCACUAUCGCUGGCCAACGAGAAGGAAAUCAGCUGGCCUGGGUAUCUCCAAGAAACACAGUAGCAUUAAUGAUAAUUAUACAAACAAUGACGACGAGCGAAGUAGCUCACUGGAUCAUAAUAUGAUUAAGCAGAUUAGUGCCUUGUAUGGUAAUGGGAGUAAUACUGAGCAGCGAGUUGUUCUUGCUGGUAGUUGA